AUGGCUAUCAUUCGAAAUCUAGUUCUAUUCGUACUACUGGUAUCGAUUCUACCCUGUAGUAGUCUUCGUUGUUUUGAAUGUGGAUGUGACAGCAGUGCUACGGAUCAAUGUAAUUGUACUACAAUAACAUCUUCAACUGAAAAUGAUUAUUGCGUUGUUCUGGAACAAAGAUAUACUGAUCGAACAUAUAUUCAAUUGAGUCGAGUUCCACGAAAUUCCAGUUGGGUAUACAUUGAAGAUCCGUAUUUUGUUUUAACACAAGAAUCGAUUAGAUAUAAUCGAACAACUUCACAAUGGUUUUUGUGGACUACUAAUAUUGUUUUUGGAUGUGACUGGGAUCUAUGCAACGCUCCGAGCCUUAUCGAAUCACUGCCUAAUUCAUUCAAGUUAAACAUAAGUUCAAGUUGGUUAAACACGAAUAUCUAUGGUACCGGUGCUGUUUCAACUUGUAUACGUUGUGAUACCGAAGUCUGUGGUAAUACAUCUAGUCCAGCUGAUUUCAGUCAAUGUACAACGACAACUUGUAAUACAACUUCAGCGUGUUUAGCUUAUGAUCUUUGGAAUAACGUUGAUACUGGUGAACAAUGUCUUCAAGCUCAGUGUGCACCCGAUUAUUUAGAAGGUGAAUUCGGUGACAGCUAUGGCGGCAAAUACCGAGUUGACGUCGAAUCGAUCGUUUACUUAGCAAAAGAUCGCACAGACUACGAUAUUUGGGAAAUUGAUGUUUAUUGUGCUGUUGCGAAUUGUUCUCGUGCGAGUAUGUUUCAGGAAAUACGACAACAAUUGCGUCUUGAACUUGGUGAUUUAUCCAACUUCCCAGCUGUUCGACCAUCAACAACAGAAGCACCAACAACUACGACAACAGCAAUCGAAAAUCCACUUCGAUGCUAUAGUUGUGAAUGUGACCAGGAAGCAACGUGCGAUUGUUCAACAACGGUUGUCAGUUCGCUUGAUUACACAUAUUGCGUUAUCGUACGAGAAAAUUUCGGUCAAGAUGUCUAUAUAUAUUCGGAUUAUUUGGAACUAGAUGCCACUUUGAUGUACAUUGCCGAGUUUCCAUAUGCACUCGUUGAAGAAUCAAUCGAUUAUAAUGAAAAACUAGGUGCAUGGUAUACCACAACAAAUUUCGUCGUUUACGGAUGCAAUUGGAAUCUAUGUAACAAGCCUAGUCUUAUUCCACUUAUGCCAAACAGUUAUCAAAUGCGACUACCAGAAGCAUGGUUAAAUACUAAUAUUCUAGGCACUGGUAAGCCUGUACGAGAUUGUCAUGAAUGUCCUGACGAAGCACAAUGUGGUACAACUGAUUAUCUCGAUGCUAAUACAUGUCCAAUUCAAUCAUGCAACACAACUUGUCUAGUUUUAGACACGUAUGAUGAUCCCGAAUAUGAUUAUUUAUGCUACCAAUCAUUCUGUCUUCCGCCCGACACGGAAGAUUAUCAAUUAGAUCGUCAUCGCAUUGAAAUCGAAGGUGUCAUUUAUGCUAGCCAACAAGAUGUUGUUCAUCUGUGGGAAGUCGAUAUUUACUGCCGUGCUGACAACUGUUCACGUCCAGCGAUAUUCAAAGAACUUCACGAAAAGUUGACUGUUCAACCAGGUACAUUAGCUGCAUUGUUCAAUGAAACGCAUGAUCCAACUAUUCCACAACGUCGGUGCUAUGAUUGCUAUUGUUACAAUAAGAUUGAUUGUCCAUGCAAUCGAACAACAAUAAUGAGAGACGAUGAAACAUAUUGUUUAUUGAUGCGUGAAAACUAUGGUCAAGAUUCUUGGAUUUCAAUGGGACACAUCGACGACGACUCGACUCGUAUACAUAUCCGUGAUUUUCCUUAUCUGCUGGUGGAAGAAUCUAUCAUGUACGACGAACAAUUAGACAAAUGGAACACGAUUACAAAUUUCGUUGUUUAUGGCUGUGAUUGGGAUUACUGCAAUGAUCCUAGUCUUAUCCCGUACUUACCCAACAGUUUUGAAAUGCGUUUGCCGAAUGAUUGGUUAAAUACUAAUGUUCUAGGAUCUGGUGCACCUGUCCGAGAUUGUCAUGAGUGUCCAGAUGCACCUCAGUGUGGUCAAGGUGAUUUUCUUGAUACAAGCCGAUGCCCAAUUCAUUCAUGUAACACCACUUGUCUUGUUUUCGAUGUAUUCGAUGAUCCAUCCGUUGAUGAACAGUGUUAUCAAUCAUUCUGUGCGCCACCUGAUACUGAUGAAUAUCACAUCGACACACAUCGUGUUGAAAUCGAAGGUAUUUUGUAUCUUCAUAAGCAACCACGUGAAAUAGAACUUUGGGAAGUUGAUCUCUAUUGUCGCGCUGACGAUUGUUCUCGGCCCGAGAUAUUCACUGAACUCAAAGCACAACUAAGCGUAAACAUUGGUAAUCUUGGUCCAUUCGACAAUGUUUCAUCCUCAUCAACACAACCAUCAAGUUCAACUACCAGCGGACAGACAACGACAACCAAAUCAAAGGCAUCAGUUUUAACAAAUCUGAAUAUUUAUUUUCUGCUGUUGGCGUCAAUAGUUCUAGCCAUUAUUCAUUGA